AUGACCACCAUCAGAUACUCUGAAGAGGUUGCAAAGCAAGCCAUGAGAAAGGAGAUCGUCCACACUCCCGCCCUCGUGGAUUUGCAUGACGAAAUUCUGCGCACCGUCACGACUACCCGCCAGACUAAAGGCCUUCUGUUGGGUGCAAACACAUAUCACUCAACUACCAAGUCGAUUCUGAGGAACAAGGGCCAAGAAGACAUUGUUGACAUCAACCGUUAUCAUACAGCCGAAAUUUACAUUCGAACUGACAACUGGGCUGCGAAGCCCUUAGCGGACUGGUUCAACAUGGUCCAUGAAGCUCGUCUCGAGAAGCAGUUCCGCAACAAAUACUGGGCAGCUAAUCAAAGAGCCAACAAGGAAAGCAUCCCUUACUUGUUCAGGAGAAUCAUUGCCACAUGCUUUUCUCACGAGUUUGCCGACUUGCGCAGGGCUAAGAUUGCACAGUCUGACUUCAGCCAGUACAGCAAGUGGCUUCAAAUGCAUGGCAGAUGCCACACCAUCACCUUUGAUGAGUUGAUAGAGAGACAGAUCGUAAUGUCCAGGGAUGGCGGAGUUCAGCCUCCUGCCAACAACACAAGCCAGAUCGAAGAUAUCGCACCUUCAGCUUCUACCGACACAACAGCUCUCGCCACUGUAGCUUUCAUCGCGAAGGGCGCUCUCAAUCCGGUAGGAGCUACCAUGGCUAGUCCGGAUUCGAACACAACCCGAUCAAUGACUCCAGCCGACGUGAAGGACAUGGUAAACGAGAUGAUGAAGUCCCACAACGUGGUAACUGAAGCCACUGUCGAGGGCCUAAUCGACAGAAAGCUUGCGCCUGUCCUGGAGGCCGUCGCAGAAGCCAAGGGCGACUUGAAGAAGCGUCCGACGCCCUCCAGGACAUGGAAAAGAAUGGCGGCUACCGAGAAGGCUCUGAUGACUAUCGCGAAUGCUCUAUCGGCUAGAAAGACCGACGUUCAGGAAGUCAUCAAGGAGUUCAAAGGAGACAUCAAGGCUGUCAAUUACAAGCAGGAAGUCUUGGAAUAG